GGCCUUGCUGAUUCGUCCAAGGUGUAAUCCAUAAGCCGAUGAAUGACACACAAAAAAAAACUUACAGAUGGUAGUAAGUAGUGACCGAAGUGUUACAUAAGGACUGAUAACGUUUAUUUACAGUUUGCUGCUGACAAAAAAAAGUAUUAAAGUUUGCAUAUAUCAAACAUAUUCUACAAAAGAUAAUGUAUUAAGUUAAGAGUUAAAAAUAUGACAAUCAUCUAUACGAAAAGUAUGUCAUCACAUACCACAUCACAUAUUAAUGCAUUGAAAAUAAGUGACGAAGAUGAUUUUAAAGUAAAAUAAACAUAUUUCAGAUGAAAUAUAUAUAAAUAAUAAUAUUUUCCGUGAAUUAAUUUUAAACUUUUAUGGUGAAUAGAGCAAACAAAAAUUAAAAGAAUGAUUGGUUUUGUGUUUGGUCACAAUUUUUUUGUUAUUUUUUAAAGAAAUCCCAUAAUCUAUGCCAUGAAUAAUAUAAUUUGUAUGCCAUAAAUAUUAUAAUUUUUAAAACUAUGAUCUUGCACUACAGCCAAAUUAGAACUUAAAAUACAUCUUCGACUUCUAUUCAUAAAUUUAAAAUCAAAAAGCAAGAAAUUUCUACAGCUAUAAUUGGAAAAUGAUAAUUGUAAUAAAUGAUUUCUUAUCAAAUUAUAUGUAUAGAAACAAUUAGGAAAUGUAUGAAUCUAAACAUAAAUUCUGUACAAAAAUUAAAAAUACAUAAAACAUUGACAAAUUAAUAAUUUCCGUUCAAGAUUUUUUAAUCAAUAGAAAAAUAAUUUUGCGAUUACAAAUAGUAUAUAAAAAUCUAGCUACUAUUAAAUUCGUUUUAAUUUUAAGUUGAAAAUUAAUUAUCUUUAAAGUUUAGUUAGUGUGUACAUAUUUGGUUUUAAGCUUUUAUUAGAUUUUGAUUCGGACUUUAAAAGUACAUGGUUAAUUUUAUACAAAAAAUAUUUAUCUAAAUUAUGAAUUUUAUGCAUGUGUAUUUUCGUAAAGUUUGUACAUUUUAAAAAUAAUAAACUGAAUGUGCAUGGGUUUUUUGUUGGUUUUGGGUUAAGCAAAGGCAAUAGAGAUCUCCAUUCACUUUCUAAAUGGGAUACCAUCAGUCUUGAACUACAAGGUUACUCCUUUGUUUUGUGUUUUUAAUAACCUGAACCACAAGCAGGGGUGGUCCUAGAAAUUUUGGGGCCAUAAACAAACAAAAAUUUGGGGGCCAAGUCCAUAACUUUAUAUCAAAGAAGAAACUCGGCUGAAAACAGAAAAACAAAAAAGAAGGUGAAUAAAGAAUUUUAGAUAAAAAAAAAGAAAAAAAAUAAAGCGUUUAUGAAAUAUAUUAAAUUUUUUUCUAUUUUUUAUAUUAACCAUGGGUCCUAUUUUGGUUAUGAUAUUAGUGAGGUUUUUUCAUUUGUUUUGUAGCAAAACUUCUUUUUUACAUAGCAUAAAACUUAGUAUAAUUUUGAAAAAUAAUUAUAACAAUUUAUUCAAACAAAAUUUAGGGACCUUUUAUGAAUGGGGCCCAAGGCCUAAGCUUCAACCGAGCCAACUUCUAGCGUGCCCCAAAUGUGAAAUGCCAAAUCUCCUAUGGGCUCUUAGAAUCUCCUAUGCCCAUAUUUCAUAAUUCUUUUUUUGAUCAAAAUCUAAACUCUCAAAUCAAAUCGUUCCCGGUUAUCAAACUAAACCCUAACCCCCCUAUGGAUUAUUGAACCCAUGGGUAACUGUUUAAAUUCUAUACCUUUCAAAUUCAAAAAAAUAUAUUUUAAAAUCGUUUUAAUCAUAUUUUGAUGAUUUUUUCGAAAAUAUGGAAAACAACGUUUUUGGAUUUUUGAAAUAUUUUUAUCAAAUUGUAUAAAUCAAAUAAAAAAUAUUAACGUUUCCAUUUUAAUUUUAUGAUUUUUCGUUUGACACAUAAAAUUAAAAGAACAAAAUGGUCUUUUUGAGAUUGUGUUAUGAGAUAUAGGAGCAUGAGAGGAGAUGAUUCGCUUCAACCCGCUCUGUCCAGAGACGCCCAUGACCACAAGGUUACUCCUUUGUUUUGUUUUCUUAUUAAAAUUGCCAUAUUCUAUUGUAAGUUCUGAUUUGUCCAAACUUAAUAUUAAAAUGCAAAUGACAAGAGAUGAGAUAGAAAAAACGAGAAACAAUUAUCUAAUUCGUCAACUUUUGAAAUAUUUUCUUGCAGUUUGUUUUUUGUUCGUUGGUUAUAUUUCUCUUUCUAUAGAUUUUUAUUAAUAAAAAUAACAUAUACUUUUUUGUCAACGUUUUCGUUUUAUAAAAUCGAAAGCUUAAAAAGGCAAUUUUACAAACAGACCCAAUUACAUUUCGGCCUAAACAAAACCCGUAAUCUUAAAGAUAAUGAUGAAAAGCAUGUUUGACACAUAGUCUACGCGUAGCUUUUGUCUUUUUAACCCAUGGAAAAAAGGAUGGUGCCGGAAAACUCACCGGAAUCCCGACCAUCUUCAUCCCAAUUUGAUUGAGGCUGCUUGUAUGUACUUCUCGCCUUCAACCACCAUCAAUCUCUAGAUUUUCUUCUCUAGUUGUUAGGAUUAAGUCCAAAGAAGAGCUUUACAUGAAACAAGAUUAGAACCUUGACGGAAAGCUGAUACUUAUGGAAACUCUAACUCUUUUAGAUUCCGGCUUGAAGCUCCAAAGCAAGAUCCAAAACUCAGGUCUUGAAUCAUUGCAGAUAUUUCACUUUAACCACGAAGCGAAGUUUGACACCACUUUUUGAUCAAGAAUUAAGCGUUUCUAACAAAGAGAGAACUCCACCGUUGUUCAAAAAAAAAAAAAAAAAAAAAAACAAAGAGAGAACUCCAACCUGUCAAUCCAACGGGGUAAAACAAUAAUCCUGAAGGAGAAGAAAUCUUUAUUUGUGUUCAAUCCAAAAUCGUCUAAACGAAAAGAAAAUUUGCCAACGCGAAAUUGAAAAUCGCCUAAAGCUAAGAACGAUAAAAAGAUAUUUUACAACAAAAAGAAAGACUCUUCUCUUCUACAAAAUGUCCCUCUUGUGAAAGAUAAUAUUAUAUAGUCGAAACUCGAAACUGGUGCUUUUAUCCCUAAAAGACAACUUACAGUAAAAAUGACGUUCCCACUUAAUAUUUUGUUGAUUUUCUUCUUUUCAUCUAUGUGGUCAAUCAAGGACUAUGCAGCUGAACUUUCGGUGUGAGAGAGAAAUCGCCGGCCAACCGUUGUGAAAAGUGACAGUGACGGUGACCAACACGUGCACCUCUCUUCAGGAGCACGUGACUCUGUCUUUUAGUGUGUUUUUUCUUGUGAACCCUGUCGAGCCAUGGCUUCUACUCCCACAAGGAAACACGUGUUUUCUGAUUAAAGGGCAGACUAUUCCAACGGGAACCACCGCUCACUUCACAGACGCCGGCCACUCUUACAUCUUCAGACCAGCUGGUUUCACGGUUGAGACAAGUAACCAUUAGAGAAGUAGAAAAACGUUAACUAAUGCAAAUUUCAUCUCUAUAUAUAAACAUCAUCAUCAAAAGGAGGAGUAUAAUAUCACUUCAUAGAAAUAUAAUAGUAAAAGAUAACAAAAAAAUAGAAUGGCGCUACAUGGAGAUUCUUCCGGCGAGUUUGACACCAAGUCUCCGGCGGACAAGUUAUUUACAUCUUUCACCGACGACAUAAACAGCACUUUUGACAUAAUAUCGAAUGAGAAGAUCACUGAGUAUGUGGGGUGGGAGAAAAGAACAGUGACGCUGAGUAUGAGUGGAAAUCUUGUCUCGGAUAGCUACAAGAAGUUCAAAGCAACCAUCACGGUAACUCCCAAGGCAUACGAGGCCGAUGGCAGUCGCGUGUUGUGGACCGUUGAGUUCGAGAAGAUUCGCCAUGACGUCGAAGAUCCAGUGUGGAUCAUCGACAGUCUUAUCAAUUACUUAAAGGAAAUUGAUGGAGUCUUAAUAUAUAGUCUUUUCUAAAUGAACUGGAACCUAAAUAUGUGUUGUCUACGUUCGCCAUAUUGGGGUGUAUGAACUACGUUUGAAGAUUUGUAAUCCUUCAUAGUGAACAAAUGAUUUGGGAAUCAAAGACCGCAUCCUUUGUUAUCUCCUCUUGGUCUUAGUCUCUUAUAGUUUCCAUUUUCCAUCUCCGUCGGACUACAAUCUGAAUUAGAACCAAUCCUCAAUAUGAAACGGCCGGUUCAAGUACCUGGUAAACGUUGUAUUACUAUAUUUGAACCGAAUUCAUGGAGCCCAAACUGAAGGAUUAUGUUUCUUACUAUUGUUUAUUUACAAAAUCAACAAACCAAAUUUAAUUUGUUGUAUUAAUUCAUUUGAUAAAAUGUUUAGUUAGCUAGAGUUAUUUUUCUUCUUUUUCGAAUAUUUCAUUGUUAUGUUUCCUUUGUUUUGAAUUUUGUUUACUUUUUUUUUUAUCAAUAACAAUUUUAUAUAGUUAUAUAUAAAUUAGUGUUAUCUAUCUAUACUAUUAUUUAUGAAAUGAAUUAGCUUAUUUGUCAUGUUCUCCAUGAUUUUAGGUAUUUUUGCUUAUUUGUUAUAUUCUUCAUGAUUUUAGGUAAUUUUGCUUAUUUGUCAUAUUUUUUAAAAAACUACAUUUAUCUAAAAGUUUAUGAUUUUAUAUAUGGUAUUUUAAUUCAUGUACAAAGUAACACUUGACCAAUAAAUAAUUGUAUAUAUGAUAUCUUUAAUAAUAAUAAAUAAUUAAAUUUAAUAUAAGCUAUUAAUAGGAUUUUAAUUCCCUUGAAAGUUAGAAUAUUUAUUAAAAAAAUAAAAUUGUAAUGAAAUAAUUUGCCUUAAUAAUUUUCUUUUAUUUUUUUUCAACUAUUAUCUACAUUUGAUUUGAUUUGAUUUUGCAUGUGCUUAGAAAUUAUAACAUGAAACGAUUGGUUCAACACCAGAAUUGUCUAAAAUUCAUAUAACAUGAAACUAAGUAAAUAGUAAUAGUUUUUGGUUUAUAAUCGAAAAAACAAAACCUUAAUCAUUUAACUGAACAAACCAAAAUAAAUAUAAAUUUAGAAUGGUAGUUAUAUUUUAGAAAAAUAAAACCGAAAAACCAACAUGAAACUGAACCGAUAUCCAGAUUGAACAUAUUUAAUGUUUUUUUAUUUGAAAAAAUAAUAAAAUUAAUAAUUUCAUACCGUGCAAUGCGCGGAUUACUACUUAGUUUAUUUAUUAAAGUAAAAAAAAAAA